AUGAACUUGAAUAGCCCUGCCAUGGAGCGACUGCGCUCCGACCUCAUUCGACAGGCUCAUAUGGAGCGACAGGGAGACUCUAACGGGAGCAAUGUCGACAUCGAAGGCCAGCCCGAUAUGCAAGAGUCUCGUACGAAUAACCCCUUCUCUCGACUGUUCCGUCGCGGUCAACCCCAAUCGACAAAUGCGCAACCUCAGCUGGCGGAAAUCGAGAGCAUCAAAUCCCAAGACUCGAACCCGAAUCAGACGAACCGAUAUUCUCGGGUAUUUGGUGUAAACUUCCUCCGGCCAUGGGGAAACAACAAUGCGUUACUAACAAAUGAGACUCGCAACACGACUGCUUCUCCCGCGCCGCUGCUACCACUUACCCAGCCAUCGGAACUAUCUUCACCUACGAUACCAGACCCCGUGGCUACGCCUUCAGCAGAAUCGAGACAGGCUCGUCGUGAACGUCGAGAACGCCGUGAGCGCAGGGAUCGUCGUGAACAUAUGGACCCAAUUGAGGCACAACUUGCUGAGAUUCUUGGAGGAUCUGUUGUUAGCCGACGACGAAGGCGACGACAUCACCAUGAUCGAUCUCGAUCUCGACACCGAUCUCGUAGGAACAAUGCGACACGGCAUCCGAAGCAUUUCAUGUUUUGUCUGCCAUGGAUUCGGUCAAGACGUAUGCGAGCGCAGAUUCUUCGAUGCUUUGCGUCUGGUCUGUUUCUCAUUGUUCUCGUCACUGUUUAUCUCACCCUCUCAAUGACCCACAAGGUCAACACUCGUGAGAUGUCCAUCAUGCUCAUCAUGGUCAUCCUCUUUGCCACCGUCUUCUUCUUCCACGGCCUUGUUCGACUCUGCAUCCUCGUUAUAAAGAGUAACCGAGAAGCAGCCAUGCGCGCAAACCGACCCCCACGCUAUCGUGGACCUCCACGAUACGCCGUGCCUCCUGUGCCUAUCCCGGUUGUCCUUGCUCGAGACGAAGAAGCGGUCGGCAUAGAAAGUGAAGUGACAAAGUGUCAGCCGCCAGCCUAUGGCCGUUGGCGAGAGACAGUGCGAGUCGACCCCGACCGUUUAUUCUGGCAACGUAAUGAGGACGUUGAUCUCUCUCAGCUGCGACCUGGAGCUCAUUCUGGACCCCGGCCGCCUUCUUACGUGUCCGAGGACGGCAUUUCUUACGUGGUCGAGGCGGCUCCUCGAUCAACUGCGCCUACGACUGACGUGCCGCUCCCACCGCAUCCUUCAGAAGUGGGACGAGUAGCUCGAAUGCCAACUGCAUAA